AUGCCUCUUUUCACGUUUGAUGAAGAGCACUUCUCAGCAGAUUUCUCUGCUGCUGUCAUAGUGGAAGAAGACCCUCUUGAACAGGCGAGACCAAACGAUUCUCUCGAUGUAAACAGGUUAGGGUCCUCUCCAGGGUUCCGAAACAGAAGAAAAUCAUCUGUUUAUCGACGGCUUUCGGUUAGAAAUGCUUCAGUUUCAAGCUCCCAGGGAAUUGCAAUCCCCUCAGACCUAGUCCCAGAGGAAGAAGCCCUGCCCUUCGCACACCGGAGGACAUUGGCAGAUUUUGAGCCGUUGAAAGUUUUGGGUCAAGGAGCUUAUGGAAAAGUCCAUUUGGUCAAAGAUCGAUUGAAUGGGACGCUUUAUGCCCAAAAGCAGAUCCGAAAGCCACAAAUUGAAGUUUUCGAAGACAAGGUCGGCAAAUCGCCUGAAGAAAAACCCCACCUCAGUCACAUUCAAAGAACGAUUGCAGAAAGACAAAUUUUGACGCAGAUUACCCACCAUCCAAACAUUGUCAAGCUUUUUUACGCCUUGCAAGACCACGACCGGUUUUACUUGUUGCUAGAAUAUAUUCCUGGAGGCGAGCUAUUCCACCAUCUUACCACUAACAACUCUUUGGGAAAUGUAUUUAUUGAAGAGCACGUAGCAUUUUACGCUGCUCAAAUGGCAUUAGGAAUAAGACACUUGCAUCUGCUCGGUAUCGUUUAUCGAGACUUGAAGCCAGAGAACUGCUUGCUCAACACAAGAGGACAUUUGGUUCUUACAGACUUCGGGCUUUCCAAAGCAAUAGAGCCAGACGAAGAUUCAUUGGGAUGCCGCUCCAUCAUAGGAACACCGGAGUAUAUGGCACCAGAAAUCAUAAAAGGUGAGCCCUAUGACUAUUCGGUGGACUGGUGGCUGUUGGGUUGCGUAAUAUAUGACAUGAUGACAGGAAAACCGCCUUUUACUGGGAAAACACAUCAGAUCAUCCUGGACAAAAUCAUAAAGGCCAAGCCAUCUCUUCCAUUCUACCUUUCACUUGAUGCUAAGGAUUUGUUGGGAAAGCUUUUGCAAAAAAACCCGGCCAAGAGAUUUGCCGUUGAUCAAAAAUGGACCACGUUUCAAAACCACCGUUUCUUUCGCAAAAUCGAUUGGGCAACUAUAGAGGACCAGCUGGCUCUGCCUCCUAUCUUGCCUGUCAUCUCGGAUCCAGCGUUAGCCGAGAAUUUCUCCCCCGAGUUCACGUCGCUGAAAAUUAGUGAGUACGAUUUGGGACUGGGCCAAACAAUGCACAAUGAGAUGUUUGCUGGAUUCAGCUACACCGCUAGCAACAGCUUUAUCGAUCGCUUUGCAUCUUAA